GCGGGAAGUUACUUUCGCUUCGCCUGCGUGACAACAGUGGGCAAGGCUUCUAAAAGCAGCGUUUGGUAGUUUUCUGCCUGUAAAACUUUAGUUUGUGUUUACGCGGUUUAUUUUAUUGCCACGACAUCUAAAUAGGCGUUUAGCUAGCGGUUUAUUUUCAGCCCGUGCUUUGGCAUACUUGUUUUUCAUCAUGAACUGUUUGCCGAUGAGAGAAAAUCCUAUGAUCAUUCCGCUUAACAAGCAGAAGACGGUCUAUGACGGGUUCAUCACGGCACUGGAAAAAGACUUUAGGAUAAGAAUAUCUCUGCCGCCUGAUCGACGGAUGAAACGGGCAAAACUUCAUUGUUGCUGGCAAAUGAAACGGCUACUUCAUGGUUAUCAACAUAUUGUGAAGCAGAGGUUACAGCAUUCAACUAAUUUGACGGCUUUUAUCCUGGAACUCAGGACAGUAUUGGAAGUGGCGUUGAAGAGCCGACCGGGAUGCCAGUCCUUCUCACCACCUCAGUAUUAUUCCCAGCUGAUAACAGAAAUGGAGAACUUAGGAUGGGAUAAGCUGCUCUUCAUUGAUGCAGAGUUCCACACACUCAAGCUGAAGGCAGAGGACUCUGCAGGUCGUCAACACGCCAUUACAGUCAAGCUCAAGUCCAAGUAUCCAGACGAGGCCCCAGAGUUUUCUGCAGAUCUUCCUGUUCCAUUGGUCAUCACGUGGACCUCUCAGAGCACCUUAGCCAAUGUCCACAGUCAGUUCCUGUUAAAUGUGGAGGCUCUCUCCGAGUUCUGGUCGGUGCUGGACGAGAUCGAUGAGCAGACAUGGGUACUGGAACCAGAAAAACCCACAAAAGCAGACUCCAUGAGAAGAAUGGCCAUUGGAAACAAUGUCUCAAUAAAGGUACAAAUUGACCCCAGACACCCCAAAAUGCUGCCGGAGUGCUGUUUGCUCGGGGCUGAGCACGUUGUCACUCCUUUAAGGAAUAAGUUGAAUGCUAAUAUGCAUUUAUGGAACCCUGACUGCAGUGUCCUACAGAAUAUGAAGGAUGUGUUGGAGAUAGAAUUUCCAUCGCCUACCACCCACGAAAAAUCUAGUUUCAGUGUUGAAUGUGGCAUCUGUUACUCUUAUCGACUUGAGUCAGCCAUUCCAGAUCAGGUCUGCAAUGACCCACGCUGCGGCCAGCCUUUCCAUCAGGCGUGUCUUUAUGAGUGGUUGAGAGGUCUGCCCACCAGCCGCCAAAGCUUUAAUAUCGUGUUUGGAGAAUGUCCUUACUGCAGCAAGCCCAUCACUGUGAAAAUGGUCACAGGAAACACUUAAAAACAGUUUGUUGAUUCAGAACAGUGUUCAUGUGGUGUUACGGCUCCAAUGAGGGUAAUACCAACAACCAACAACACUCAGUGUCAUCACAACAAGGAUG